GGGGGCGGGGCCUCGGGUGGCUCCAGUGCGCAGGGGCGGACGCCCCCCCUGUUCUGACGACCCCUCUACUUCCGCCUCUGAGGAAACGUCGUCAUAAACGUCGUGAAGGCCUUCACUUCAUCCUAGUCCCCUUGAGCGCCCGUCGCUGACAUGUCGGAUGAAAAGGAUUCCCUGAGGGGAGGCGUGGAGGGAGAACGCGGGCGAGUGGUGACCAUCCCCCGCAGUGUGCGCUCAGUGAAGCAGGCGGUAGAGGAGGAAGAGCGGAUGAAGGAAGUGGCGGAGGGGGCUGAUGACAUCUCGGACUGCAGCUCUGAUGACCUCGGCUGCAGGGAGGCCGACGUAAUAACCCCCAGCCUCCUGGGGCUUGUGGACGACGAGGAGAAGUACCGGAUAAUCCGCCGACAGUACCGGCAGCUCAUCUAUAACGUCCAGCAGAACCGUGAAGAUAUAAUGAACGCUGCGAGCGACACGUUGACCCAGGCUCUUGAAGAAGCCAACAUUCUGUUUGAUGAAGUGAGCCGAACAAGAGAAGCAGCCCUUGAUGCCCAGUUUCUUGUUUUGGCUUCUGAUUUGGGUAAAGAGAAGGCAAAGCAGCUAAACUGUGACAUUAGCUCUUUUAAUCAAGUAGCAUUUUGUGACUUUCUGUUUAUAUUCGUGGGUCUAAACUGGAUGGAAGAUGAUGGACAUAAAGAGUUGAGUGCUUGUGAUGAUAAUAUCGCUCUUUCCUUCUGGGAGACAGUACAAAAGAAAGCAACAUGCUGGAUAUUGCAAGCGGAAACAUUCCACUUUAUUUUUGGUUCAUUCAAGCCGGAGUCUUCUACACCAAAGCCCCGACUUGAAAACCAGAAAAAAGUUCACAAAAUAGAAGAAAAUGGAGAUAUGCCUAAAAAACUGAGAAAGUUGGACCUGAAUAGUAAUCAUGAGGCAACAGAAAAAGAAGUAGAAAGAAUCUUGGGAUUGUUGCAAACGUACUUUCGAAAGUAUCCUGAUACUCCCGUGUCCUAUUUUGAGUUUGUGAUUGAUCCAAACUCUUUUUCUCGUACUGUGGAGAAUAUAUUUUAUGUUUCUUUCAUUAUAAGGGAUGGAUUUGCAAGAAUAAGGCUUGAUCAAGACAGGCUGCCAAUAUUAGAGCCAAUUAAUAUUAGCCAAAUGGGUGAGGGAAGUGAUGCCAGUUACCAUGGCAGGAAGCAAGGAAUUAUAUCUUUGAGUUUACAGGACUGGAAAAAUAUUGUGGCAACUUUUGAAAUAUCAGAGGCUAUGAUUACAAACUCAUACUAAGGUUUUGUGUUAGUUUAGGAUGCAUUUUGUGGCUUUUAAAAAGGAUCUCAAAAUGGAGAGUAAAAUCCAAAUAGGAGCAUUUACUGUAUCUUGUAAAGUGAAAAGGUAUUUUCUAGAACAUCAGAAGUUGUUUUACUGUGUAGUGUAUUUUUCUUGUUAUGUUGCCCUGAUAUUUUGCUAUUAAAAAAAAAUUCACUGACAUGUUCAUGGGGAAAUCUUUUUGAAUGCCCUCUAAUAAAAAUCAGUUCUGAAUUUCAUAAAUUUAAAGGUAUUUAAUAGUUCUCAAUAAAAUCAGUUAUUAUGCU